UGUUCAUCUUUUUAGGCUAUGGUGACUAGAUAUUCAGCCAUCUCAACAAGAAAGCUAACAAAUGCACUGAAAAUCCUAACUUGUGACAAGAGUAUAGUUGCAAUAAGUGAUUAUGAUGAGUUUCACAAGACAGUGAAGCGACACGUACUGACCAAUGUUCUAGGACCAAAUGCCCAGAAACGCCACCGUAUCCACAGGGACACUUUGAUAGAAAAUGUGUCUAAGCAACUGCAUGAUUUGGUUAGGAAGUAUCCUCAUGAAGCAGUAAAUCUCAGGAAGAUAUUCCAGUCAGAACUUUUUGGUUUGGCAAUGAAACAAGCUUUGGGAAAGGAUAUCGAGUCUAUUUAUGUGGAGGAACUCGAUGCCACAUUGCCAAGAGAGGACGUACUGAAGACCCUAGUACUUGAUAUAAUGGAGGGUGCGAUUGAUGUGGACUGGAGAGAUUUCUUCCCCUAUCUAAAAUGGGUUCCUAAUAAAAGCUUUGAGAACAGAAUUCAGCGAAAACAUCUGCGCAGGGAAGCCGUGAUGAAGGCCCUAAUUAUGGAGCAACGAAAACGUAUUAAUUCAGGAGAGAAACUGAACAGUUAUAUUGACUACUUGUCGUCUGAAGCCAAUACAUUAACAGAGAAGCAAAUCCUAAUGUUGCUUUGGGAGGCAAUUAUUGAAACAUCAGACACCACAGUGGUGAGCACAGAAUGGGCCAUGUAUGAAUUGGCCAAAGAUCCCAAACGGCAGGAACAACUCUUUUUGGAAAUACAAAAUGUUUGUGGAUCUAACAAGAUCACAGAAGAGAAACUUUGCCAACUUCCAUACCUAUGUGCUGUUUUUCACGAAACCUUGAGAAAGCAUAGUCCCGUACCUAUAGUUCCUCUAAGAUACGUCCACGAAGACACACAGCUUGGAGGGUACCAUAUUCCUAAAGGAGCUGAGAUCGCUAUAAAUAUAUACGGUUGCAAUAGGGACAAGAAAGUGUGGGAGAGUCCUGAAGAAUGGAAGCCUGAGAGAUUUCUUGAUGGAAAGUAUGAUCCAGUGGAAUUACAGAAGACGAUGGCGUUUGGAGGUGGAAAAAGGGUAUGUGCUGGUGCUCUUCAAGCAAUGACAAUUACUUGCACAACUAUUGCUAGAUUGAUACAAGAGUUUGAAUGGAGCCUUAAAGAUGGAGAAGAAGAAAAUGUUGCAACAAUGGGUCUUACUACUCAUAAACUUCAUCCAAUGCAAGCUCAUAUCAAGCCAAGAAAAUGAUGCCUUAAGAUUUUCAACUGUCAACUCUGUAAUAAGGAGCUAGUUUGUGUUUGAUAGAUCUUGUUAUCAGUUACUUAUCAAUGCAGACCGCUUGCUUUAACUUCUCUAA